AUGGCCGAAACACCAAAACCAGAGUCCAACGCGUGGGAACUCUCAUACAUCACCACAAAAGAACACUCAUUCAAACAGAACCCAAACAGGCCACGCACAAGCAAUCGCCGUUUCAAAACGGCCAAGCAGCUUAUAAGCGACGAAACAAAGUACCUCCAGACCAAAAAGUUGGCCUAUGACACACCGACAUACAUUUCCAUCCAAGCACCUCCAAGCUUGAAGCCACAGAAACAUUACUGUGAUAUCACUGGUCUUGAGGGCAAGUACAAGUCACCAACAAAUGCCUUGCGCUUCCACAAUGUGGAAAUUUACCAGGAAGUCAUCCGACCAAUGGCACCCGGACUCGACCAGGAGUAUUUGAGUUUACGGGGAGCAAACGUUGUAUUGAAGUGA